GAACAUGAAUUAUUGAAAAGUGAAAAAGUAAAAAAAAAAUAGAGUAAAUAAAGAGCAGGGGCUCAAUAUUUUACGGUAGCAGGGUUGCUAGGGUUUCGCGUUCGCCGCAUCUUCUUCUUCUUCUUCUUCUUCGUCUAAUCUUCCGACCCUACAGGAGCAAUGGCGGAGCAGACUGAGAAGGCUUUCUUGAAGCAGCCAGGAGUUUUUCUCAGUUCGAAGAAAACGGUUAAGGGUAAGAGGCCUGGAAAGGGAGGCACCCGUUACUGGAAGAGCAUUGGGUUGGGGUUUAAGACUCCCCGCGAGGCUAUCGAAGGUACAUACAUUGAUAAGAAAUGCCCCUUCACUGGCAACGUUUCCAUCAGAGGUCGUAUCCUUGCUGGCACUUGCCAUAGUGCUAAGAUGAAUAGAACAAUCAUUGUUCGUCGCAACUACCUUCACUUUGUGAAGAAAUACCAGAGGUACGAAAAGCGGCACUCAAAUAUUGCUGCUCACAUCUCACCCUGCUUCCGUGUAAAGGAGGGAGACCACGUUAUCAUUGGUCAAUGCAGGCCAUUAUCCAAGACCGUGAGGUUCAACGUUUUGAAGGUGAUUCCUGCUGGCUCUGCUAGUGGUGGAAAGAAGGCGUUCACGGGCAUGUGAAAAGUGGUCUUUCUGCUAGCCCUUAAGUUUAUAACUUACAAUUAGACUAUGCUGUUUUUUCUUGUGUUUUAUUCAUUCACUUCUUGAACUCAAUGUAUUUCAAGUUAUAGAGGGCUGGUUUCGAAGUAGUCUUCUUCCCGAGAACAUUUACAUUUUCUCCAUUGAAAUGCUUUUCCUUGUUUGACCUUUUUUGCUAUCUGGUUCUGGAACAUCAAUUUAAUGUGCCUU